AUGCCUACCCACUUGAGCAAGACCAGAAAACACCGCGGCCAUGUCUCUGCCGGUCACGGUCGUGUCGGAAAGCACCGCAAGCACCCCGGUGGUCGUGGUAUGGCCGGUGGUCAACACCACCACCGCACAAACAUUGACAAGUACCACCCUGGUUACUUCGGAAAGGUGGGCAUGCGCCACUUUCACGUCCAGCGAAACCACGAGUGGAAGCCUGUUGUCAACCUAGACAAGCUUUGGACCCUGCUUCCCCAGGAAACCCAAGACAAAUACCUCUCCGAAAACGCUCCUCAAGACACCGUCCCCGUCAUCGAUCUCCUCCCCCUCGGUUACGCCAAGGUCCUCGGCAAGGGCCGUCUCCCUAAUGUUCCCGUUGUUGUGAAGGCGCGAUACGUCAGCAAGGAGGCCGAGCGAAAGAUCACAGAGGCCGGUGGCCGCGUCGUGCUCGUUGCAUGA